UCUGCCAUCUUCAACUUUCAGAGUCUACUGACUGUCAUCUUGCUGCUCAUAUGUACAUGUGCCUAUAUCAGAUCCUUGGCUCCCAGCUUACUGGACAAAAAUAAAACUGGGCUAUUGGGAAUAUUCUGGAAAUGCGCCAGGAUUGGUGAAAGGAAGAGCCCCUACGUGGCUGUGUGCUGUGUCGUGAUGGCUUUCAGCAUUCUGUUUGUACAGUAG